AGAGGACAGUCAGUCAGGACCCAACAUGGCGUCCUCAGUGUCUCCACUUCUACUGUGUUGUUAUUUAGCAUCAUUGUCAUUUUCAUUACAGACCUCUCGACUUUUAUCAGAGCCUUGUUAUAAACCCAUCGCAGACGAGAGGCCAGACGGUGUCAAGACUCGGUCUCGGCCGCACGAGUAUGUGAAGUUGUCGGACCUUCCUCCGUCGUGGGACUGGAGGAACAUCCAGGGCAAGAAUUAUGUGAGCGUCACAAGGAACCAGCACAUUCCCCAGUACUGUGGUUCUUGCUGGGCCAUGGGGGCCACCAGUGCAUUAGCUGACCGCAUCAACAUCAAACGUGGAGGAGCGUGGCCGUCUGCCUACCUGUCCGUACAGAACGUGAUCGACUGUGGGAGGGCAGGCUCUUGUUAUGGUGGAGAUCACAUGGGAGUGUACGCAUACGCACACGAGAGCGGCAUCCCCGAUGAAACCUGCAACAACUAUCAAGCCAAAAACCAAAAGUGUGAGCUGUUUAACCGGUGUGGCACCUGCUCCUUCUUUGACUCAUGCUCCGUGCUGAAGAAUUACACUCUGUGGAAAGUGGGAGAUUAUGGAAAAGUUUCCGGGAGAGACAAGAUGAAAGCUGAAAUCUACACUAACGGGCCCGUCAGUUGUGCGCUGAUGGCCACCGGCGGCCUGGAAGGAUACUCUGGAGGAAUUUUCUCAGAGUUUCACCCCCUGUCUUUACCAAAUCACAUCGUGUCUGUGGCUGGUUGGGGCGUGACAGAGGACGGCACAGAGCACUGGAUUGUCAGGAACUCUUGGGGAGAGUUUUGGGGUGAACAUGGCUGGGCCAGAAUUGUCACCAGUGCAUACAAAGGAGGAAAAGGCAACUGGUUCAACCUGGGUAUCGAGAAAAACUGUGCAUAUGGAGACCCUAUUGUUACGUAGACACCACAAUAAACUGAUGAACUCUA